GCCAACACAACAGGUGUGGAAGUGUGUGUGUGUGUGUGUGUGUGAUCCCUGAAAGAGUGACAACAUCCAGAGGCCACACGGAGCCCAGAGACCAGAAAAAACGUGAAUGAGUGCGCUACAGGCAGUGGAGCUUAACCUGAGCGUGCUCCCCAUCCUCCUCUCUCCUCUCAGGGGAUGGCCAAGGUCCAGGAUGGACACACACCAGAAUGUGACAGCCCUGCGAUGUUAGAGGAGAGCCGUGAUGGAGUGAACAGUGCUAGCCUGACAGCCGGCUCAGCUCGACAGGUCUGCAUUCAACGUCACCACACGCACGGUUUCGGCUUCAUCGCAGGCAGCGAACGCCCCGUCGUUGUACGCUCCGUCUCAGCAGACGGCCCUUCAGACGGAAAGCUCCUACCGGGGGAUCAGAUUCUGGCCAUCAACGGCGACCCGGUUCACGACACCCUCCGGGAAAGAGUCAUAGACCUUGUAAGACGGUGUCAAGACUCCAUCCUACUCACGGUUAUCCAGCCACUGCAGUCUCCUAAAUCUGCCUUCAUAAGCGCAGCCAAGAAAGCUCGUCUGCGAACCAACCCCCCUAAAGUGCGCUUUUCUGAGCAAGUGUCAAUCAGCGACCCAGACUCAACAAUGCUCAAAGACGAUUCUUUACUCCUCAUACCAAAUGUGCUGAAGGUGUUCCUGGAGAAUGGACAAAUCAAGUCAUUUACAUUUGACAGUCGGACCACGGUUAGGGAUGUGAUAUCGUCCCUGCAGGACCGUCUGUCUCUGCGCUACAUCGAGCAUUUCGCACUGGUUCUGGAGUCGGGAGGACUGGACAAGAACCAGAGGUUGCACCUGUUACAGGAGCAUCAGCCUCUGUCACACGUGGUGCACAGGACCUACUUCCAGGGGAUGAAGUGUCUUUUUCGCAUCUGCUUCUUUCCGAAAGACCCUGCAGACUUGCUGAGGAGGGAUCCCGCUGCCUUUGAGUACCUCUAUAUACAGAGUCGCAAUGAUGUCAUCAAAGAGCGCUUUGGCGUGGACUGGAAGUCUGAGAUCACACUGAGACUGGCAGCCCUCCACAUCUACAUCACUGUUUCUAUAGCGAGGCCCAAUCAGAAGAUCUCCCUCAAACAUGUUGAGAAGGAGUGGGGUCUGGAGCCCUUCCUCCCUCUCAACCUCCUCCCCAUGGUCAAGGAGAAGAACAUCUGCAAGACUCUCUCCCAGCUCCUGAAGACGUAUCAGCAUCCUCCUCCGGCUGGCAAUAAGGUUCCCCCACUCCAGGGCAAGCAUCAGUACAUGCGUGUCCUGAACGACCUUCCACCUUUCGGAGGCCUGCUUUUCCACACUGUCGGGCUGGACGAGAAGCACUCAGCUACGACUCUGUUGGUGGGGCCAAGGCACGGGAUCAGCCAUGUCAUUGACCUGAAGAACAACCUGACUACUGUCCUGGCAGAGUUCAGUCGGGUGGCGAAGGUCCAGUUGUACAGGGAGCACCAGGGAGUGGCUAGAGUGGAGGUCACCAUGCUGGAGGCGAAGCCUCUGGUGUUGCUGAUGGAGUGGCCUGAUGCUUCGAAUUUUGCCUGUCUGAUCUCUGGCUACUACAAGCUCUAUGUGGACCCCAAAAGGACUAUCUACUACAGGACACCUGGUCAGUCUCAUAUGAUCAAGGCAGAUUACAGAAGUUCCCACGCACACUCGCGGUCCACGGGUGCGUCAAGUUCCGGUGGUGUUAGCGGCGGCGGCGGCAGCGGUGGUGGCAGCAGCCGACGAGGUGAAGAGAGAGAUGGGCUAUCCAGAGAGCCAUCCCAGAAGGUGUCCGGCUCCGCCUCACACCCCGCUCCAUCACAGCACCUGGGCCUCUGUCACAUCCACCUGCGUGAACAACAGCAACUUCGGGAGUUGCAGCAGCAGGCCGAGGAGCAGCUGGACAUCAACGAGAACCUUGUCUCCCAGGGGCGCUGCCGUACCAAGUCCGACCCCACGUUCAAGAGCGCGGAGUCUAUUGCCCGCCCAGACAGCCCAACGAAAAGAGAGGAGGAGGAGGAGGGGGGCGUUGGCUCCGGCUUCAGGAGCCGGGAGAAGUCCUUGGAGCCCCCGCACCAUACUGGACACUCCUUCUGUGACUCCUGCAAGGCCAAGCUCAAGGCUGAGGGUCUGAUCGUAGAGGAUGUACGAGGCAGUGGAGGAGGAGGAGGUGGGAAACAGCAGUGCUCCAAUGCCUGUGGCUCCCGAGAGGGAGGAGCUGUGGACCUCAUGGCCCUGCCUCUGCCCGGCAGCGAGUAUGAUGAGAUAUACGAGAACGUGGCUGGGAAAUUGCAGCCUCCGGCUCCUGCCAUCGCUGCCCCUCCCCCGGGUUUCCGGGACAACAGCUCAGACGAGGACGACCCGAAUAAAAAACGCAAGGCUGCUGCCGAGGCAGUGGGGGCCGCGAAAGCAACAGCUGCUACUGUAACUGCGACAACAGCCACAUCAACAGUAGUGGCAGAAGCGUCAGCAGCAGCAACAGUUGCUGCGGCAACAGCCGGAGAAACUCAGGAGGAUGUCCCGGUGACUCUGAUUGAUAACGUGGCCACCAGGACAGUGCGGGACCAUGCCCAGGAGCUGGACGAUGCAUUGGUCUCCACCCUGCAAGCCCUCGAGGCUCUGGCUGCCUCUGAGGACUACCCCCAUCACCACCAGCAAACCCCUCAAACAGCAGGGUUAAUAGUGCUGGCAGCAAUCACCCCCGAGUCGUCACUCGACUCUGGACACGAGACCAACUCCUCUGAGCUGACAGACAUGUCCGAAAUGGUGUCCGCCAUGAAACAGCACCAGAACCAAGCUUACCUGCUGGCACACCACAUCAACAAGGAGCGCAUCUUCAGUCGCAGAGACUUCCCGCUGGCAAUCCCUGGCUGCACCGCCCAGACUCUUGGUAGUGGGGCCUUCUCGAUGACACAGAUACGUGGUGGCUGCCCCCCUAAACAGGUGAUCCUGAGCAAGACUGUACCCUUGAAGGUCAGCCCCAGCCAAGGAACGGGGUCUCUCUGUCCUGUGGAGGAGCAGAGAAAAACCCAGGAUCAACUACAGAUAAAGGCCGAUGCAGGGAAGCCUGUCAAAGAGCCUGUGAAACCAAGGGCUAGAGAAUCCUCUCCUGUGACUCCCGAGGAACUGAAAGUUGUCGCCAAGGUGGAUGUGUCCACUGGCGGCAGUAAAAAUCUGAAAUUGUCAGAGGGUAAACUGAGUCCUAAUGCCUCAGAGAGCGUCAAAGGGAAAAUGUCUGGACAGGCGAGUCCAGAGGUGACCAACAAAGCCUUACCCAUCCUUUUGUCUGUAGAUAGAAUCACUUCUGCCAAGCUUAGUCCCACGAAAAUGUGCCAAGAUGCCGAGACUGCCUCUAGUGAGACCAACAAGCCUUCAAGCUUUAAGGGCCUUCUGCCUGUUGAUGACCUCUUCUGCACGUGCCCAGUGAAGCCUGAACCGGGGCCCCAGUUGCGACUGAAGGAACCCCAGGCCCAAAAGGUAAUGGUGUUCCACUCCUCUUCACCCACUGAUGAUGAAAGACUUUGUGCCAAGGGACUGCAACUGGCAAGCUGCAAAGAGACCGUGGGGCGGACAACAGACCCUAAUUUAGCCAAGCCUAGUAUCCAUCCGCCACCAAAAUACUCCCCGCACAUGCCAGUGAAGACAGAGCGCAAAGAGACACCUGACGAUAAAUCUGAGAGCAAAGUCCUAACAGAGCAACAGAAAGGUCUUGCCAAAACCUCCUUACCUGUCCUGGUGGAAACAACACACAUAUCUACCUGCGGAGAAAAGGGCGCGACCAUCCCGGGGGCCGAGCGCAAAAAGCAAGGCAGCAGUAAGAGUAAGUCCCAGCGGGCCGCACCAUUCCAGAGUUUUAAGAACCUGAUCUCAGCCACCUUCCCGGCCCGUCUGCGACGCGAGACGGAUGAGCGGCGGGCACAGCUGCAGAAGGUGCGGCAGUAUGAGCUGGAGUUCCUGGAGGAGCUCCUGAAGCCGAAGACAUCACAGGGCGAGUUCAUGCCCCAGGGGUCCUCGCCCGUCCCAGCUGGCACUCCCUGCGCCUGCCAGCUGCGCACUAGUCCUGUGCAGAAGGUUCCGGGCAUCUCUCGGGAGCAGAGGCGCAGCUGCGACUGCAAGAGGAUAUGUCGUGGGAUGAGGCUGCCCGACACACCAGUCGGAUCCUCCAUGGAGCCCCGUGGGAGAGAGAGGCCCAUUUCCAAAACGCCCCCUACCAUUCCCAAGGCCCCUCACAGCCAAGGCACACCAAGGAGGCCACAGACACUAGAGAUCAAGACCACGAGAAUCCGCUCCACCAGUCUGGAGUCUCGUGAACUACGUGACACACCUGUGUCCUGCCUGCCCACUUGUACUUCCCGUCCUGAGUGUAUGGUGGCGGCGCCGCAGUACAAGAAACUCCAGCGAAGGUACAGCAUUGGUGAGCUUGACAACAACAAUGACAGCACGCCUCUCUAUGCCGAGGUCAAAUCCACCAAGGCCAAGAGCCUGGAAAAGGAGAUGGAAAGGGUUAGGGCAACAGGCCUUAGACUCCCAACCCCAAUAGAACCCAUUCACACCCAGGGUAGUGAGGCGAAAAAGAAAGGUAUCUUCUUCAUCCAGGGAGAGGAGAUUUUGCGCGAGAGCCGGGAGGGAACCAGCGAGGUACUGUUGGCAAUACCCACUGAAGGUAGCAGUGAUGAUCGAGAAAAGUGCUGCUCUUUCUGCUUCUGCUACCGUAAGUGUGAGGCUGCCGACUCGAGCAGUGAGAAGGACGAGCUCUCAUACUCGAUCCCUCUGCAAGUCCUGCCCGGCAUGCAGCUGGACUCCCGCACCAUGCCGGUGGUAAGCAAAACCUUACAGGUGCUGGACGCUGAAGACUGCAGUGCGGAGGAAGAGGAGGAGGAAGAGGAGCCCCAGACCCAGGAGAUCGACCUGCGUGCCUGCAGCAGUCUGGAAGCCAGCCUGACACGAGUGCAGUCCCUGCAGGGCAAAACUUUCUGUCUGCCCGACGGCUUCCUCAACGCGCAGCUGGACGCCAACGAGCUGCUGGCCAUCCUUCGGCAGUGUGCCAACUGCCACCAGAUUGAGGACGAGCCCCGCAUGCCGGCCGCCCGGCUGGCGGAGUACAAGCAAGAGUUGGCUCUGCGCUUCAAGGAGUUUCGUGCGUCAUGCCGGCGCGUGGCGAGCGUGGAAAAGAGCCCCACGCGCAUGCUGAGUGCCGUCACCUCCAGCUUCCAGGUGCUGUGCAACCUGACGCAGACGUUCAUCCGGCUGGUGCGCGGCAUUCGCUCCGAGACCCAGAAGCUGCAGCUGCUGCGCAAGGUGGAGGAGGUGGCAGUCAACUACACCCUGCUCCUCCGGGCGGCCGAGGACGCCAUGGGUCACUCUAGCAGCCUCCCCAACAAGAGUGCCAGCCCUCAGGCAACUGCAGCCACAAAUGCAGGCUCCCUCCCGCGCUCCAUCAAAGCCUUGCCCACCAAGUGAAGCCCCAUAAGCAUUCCCACAUCCCCCUCCACAGACACAAAUCUGAAAGCCCACCGAACGGAGCGGCCAUCACAGCUACUGGGGGGGGGGGCGCAUAUCGGGUCAUAUCUCAGUUAUUGUUUACAUAUUUUUUUUACAGGACAUAUUAGGAUAAAGUAAAGAUUAAUUCUCAAUAAAACUGUUCCACACUACGUUUACAGGGGGAUGCUGCAGCACAGAUUGCAGACUGCACCCCUCAUGCCGUCCAUCUCCGACUGAAGGACACCUGUGUAUCGUGUCUUGUGUUUCCUGUCCAGAGAACAGUUCUGUCUCUAACCUUCUCAUCUUAGCUCCCUUACCACUGGAUGAUAAACAGGGCUAAUGAUUGCAUUUCAACACUUGCGUCAAGGGGCUAGCAAACUAAUUGAGGGUUUUGUACUUACUGUAUCUAAAUGUAUGUAAUUAAUUAAUGAAUUGAUUUAUUUAUUUUUGUGGGCAAGAGAAAAGAUUAUUUAUGGGAGGACAGGAGAUCACUGUCAUUUUCAUGAGGAAAUUAUAUAAUUCAAGAAAUAAAGUUAUGACUUUAUAAUGAAUUAAAAUGACUUUACUCCUCCGAUGUACC